AAAUUGAAAUACCCCUCCAAAAAUUAAUAAAUUAAGAAAUUAAAAUUAAAAAUUAUUAUUAUCAUCGAUUCGACGACGGCCCUGUCUUCGAUACAAUAACAAAAGAUCGAACCCUUUUUCAAGUUUUCUUCUGUUGAUAUUUCGAUUCAUUCGUUCUGUUCUUGCUUCGACGAUUUUGAGGUUCUUUUGUUUCCCAGUUUUUUAUCAUCAGUUAUGCAGCAGACAGGGCUUUCCGGCGAGCUCCGAUCGGCGGCGGAUGUAAGAGGGAAACAUCGGAUUUCGGCUGAGCUCAAGAGGCUCGACCAAGAAACUCGAUUCUUGGAGGAAGAACUCGAGCAGCUCGAGAAAAUGGAUAAAGCGUCUGCGGCGUGCAAGGAAUUGCUGGUUAAUAUCGAGACAAGACCGGAUCCUCUACUUCCCGAAACAAUCGGUCCGAUAAAUCCCACAUGGGACAGAUGGUUCGAAGGCCCUCCAAAGUCUGAAAAGUGCCGGUGCCGGAUUCUAUGAUCAAUGCCGAGGUUUCUUACCAGAUUUCUUUGUUUCCCCCCAAGUUUUUGUGGAUAAGUUCUCUUACAACUUGGUAAGCUUUUCGCAACAUGUCCGAGGAAUUCGAGGCUAUCGCAAUCCGAGGAAGGCAUUCAUAGUGAAAACUUGAACUUCGGUAUGUUAGUGCGAUUGAUAGUUAAAUCAUGGCGAUCAUUACAUCUUAUAGCUACAUUAUUCGAACAUUAUAUUAGCUCUUCGAUGGGAAAUUAUCUUACAUUUGAAAGAACUAUUGUGUCUUUUACAAAUUAUUGCACAAAUCUUUAAUGCGAAAGCGAGAACAAAGAAAGGAAAAAUACGA